CAGAGUCCAGAACCCAAAAGAAACUUGAACAAUAACAGCAAUGAACUCCACAGCCGUCCUCUUUGUUGUUUUUCUCUUGUUUGCAGCUGUUGAAGGCUCCCCACUUUACAACAAGGGCCGUUGCCACUGCAUUGGGACCAGUGCUGACUUUAUACAUUUAAAACACAUUGAAAAGUUUAAAGUGAUACCAGCAACCUCAAUGUGUCAGCAGAUAGAAAUUGUUGUUACAAUGAAGGACACUGCAGAGGAGAGAUGCAUGAAUCCCAAGUCAAAGCAGGCACAAAAUAUCAUCAACAACCUGCUAAAGAAAAGGUCCCCACAGAAGUAAAGCCAGCAAGGGAAUUCCAGACCAGUUCUGAUGUGGCCCUCCCCACCUGUCCUUCAUGAAGCUAAUAGGCAUCAUCAGUCCCAGCUGUCAUGGUUACUGCUUGUCAAAAUGUUGAUAAUGAUUUAGGUAUGCAUUAUAAAACAAAUGUGACCAUUUUUUAGAUUGUCUUUUGCCACAUAAUACAGCAGUGUGUGUUCAAUUACAAUAAUUGAAUUGUAUAGUAUACUGCCAUUUAAAUUACAUGAUUACCUAAUUAGAAUCUAGCAAAUGC